UUUAGCAUUUAGCCUAAAGUUAUUACUUACUGAAGCUGGAAGUUUCACUUCUGUGUGACCAGUGUGAACCAGUGUGUGAAACAUGUCUUUCCGAACAUCAGGAAAUAUUACGGUAGCAGCAAUGCUCAUGUUACUGGCAGGAGCUCAGUCUCAGCACAGUGUAAAUCUCUCCUCUCAAGGCCUCUGUGCUCUUACUGGAUCUACAGUAAAAAUCCCCUGCAAAUAUACAUUUAGUUCCUCCAAUCUCAGACAGAGAGAGUGGUAUCAGGUCCAGAGAUCUGAUGGAGAACCACAAGACCUGAGCAAAGACCCUCAAUACUUAGGACGAGUUUCUAUAAGCACAUUGUCGAAUGACUGUACACUGAUAAUGUACGACGUGAAAGUAAGUGACUCUGGAGUUUAUAACUUUAGAUUUAGAACAUGGAGUAGUGAAUGGAUAUCUGCUUCAUCUGGAGUUACUCUCACUGUUACAGACCUGCAGGUGAAGGUGGAUCCUGAGACUGUAGGACAGAGAGAGGUGAAACUCACCUGUAGCUCCACCUGCAGCUUCAGCAAAACCCCUCAGUACUACUGGUACAGGAAUGGACAGUACAGGUCAUAUAGAAAUGAUGCCUCCAUUAUGCUCCACUCCACCAGUGUAUCUGAUGAGGGCAGCUACUCCUGUAGUGUGUAUGGCAGCAGACAGCACUCUCCUGCAGUGUGUGUUCUGGGUAAACAGUGUUGGGGUGUGACUUACACUCCUAAACAUGUGUGUGCUCUGAAAGGCUCAUCUGUUGAUCUCUUCUGCUCUUAUAAAUACCCUGGAGGACACACAGUGACAGAAUCAUUCUGGUUCAUUACAGAGCAGCAGGUUGGUAUUGAACCUGUGGAUGUGAGAGUGGAAGAGGAGUAUGAGGGGAGAGUGCAGUAUAGACAGAGCUCCCAGAAUGACUGUAGUAUGACAAUCACUCACCUGAGAGAGAGUGACGCUCACACAUACAGGUUCAGAUUCCACACUGAUAGUACUGCGGGGAAAUACACUGGACGUCCUGGAGUAUCUCUCUCUGUCACAGAUCUGAAGAUUACAGUAUCAGACAGAAGUAGUCGAAAGCACCUGAUCUGCAGCUCCACCUGCAUGCUGCCCAACAACCCCACCUACAUCUGGUACAGGAAUGGACAGCCUGUAUAUAACCAGAACACUAAUGGACUGUAUGUGUAUGACAGUAGUGAGGAUGCAGGCAGCUACUCCUGUGCUGUAAGAGGAUAUGAGGAGCUCCACUCUCCUGCUGUCUACCCUCCCAGAGUCCCGUCUGUUACUGACCGUGUGUCUGGUGACGCGGUGACACUGCUGUGCUACAGUGACUCCAACCCUAUCAGUAAUUACUCCUGGUACAAGAAGACAGGAAGUGAUGUCUUACUGUUAGGAAAUGGCACCAAUUUAACUAUAGCUACAGGAACAAGUGGACGUUUCUACUGUGUGGUGCAGAAUCAAUUUGGAUCAUCUAACUCAUCAGAAUGGUCAUUUACUUCAGGGAACCCAGCUGGGACAUACGCAGCUUCUGGAGUCACUGUGGGUUUGUUUCUGACUCUCGUUGCUGUCUGUCUAUGGAUGAGGAGGCGAACCACAGCUGUCAGCAGCAGGAGUGAGGAGACCAGCGCAAAACAUGAUUCUACUCCUGUAGAUGAUAACUUUUCAGCCUUGGACAUACCCUCUGACCCCACAAAUGACGACGUUCACUACUCCAACAUUAAUUUCACACGCUGCCACACACAGGAAAUAUCUCUAUACUCUACUGUCCAACUAACAAUGGCUCUUAGUCAAGAAGAAGAAGUCGAGUAUGCCAGAGUGAAUUUCUCUGCCUGCAAGGACGAAACCCACAUCUACAGCACAAUCUCAAGAACAUGAGAAGAAAAUCCUCCACCAACCAUCAAUCUCCAGUCCUGCGUGAAAAUGAGAAAAGUGCCAACAGUCUUCCACCUUCUCCUCCAAACACAUAUGAAAUUGGUACAAACUACAUUUAAAAUCUUGCUGGUGAUUUUGAUUUAUUUUAGGGAUCAGUCAGACAGGGUAUUAUUACCAACUGGACCAAGAUACACAUUAUAAAAUGUUUAUGACAUUAUUUUAUGUAUCAUUGAUUACAUUUAGCCACAGAUUGUUUACUACUGCAAGAAGGAUGGUUAGAAACUCUGCAUGUUAUAUACAUAUACAAACAUGUCAUAAACAUGUAUUUCAUGUCAUAGACAUGUAGAAUAAUAAUGAUACACCAGCCCACAGUAACAGGACAGACUUUAAUUCACUUCACUGCAUUCAAGAAUCUCGGUUCUCUUUGUAAUAUUACCACACAUGAAGAUGUUCUCUGCAGUGCAGUGACCAGUGUCCAGUGACCACUGUACAUACACAGUACUGCAUAAUUCACUGUCCAUGACAUUAUGAUGAUGUUUCCCUACCAUUGUUUCAUUCUUAUUGAUUAGUUUUUAGUACAAUGUGGUAUCUUGAGAGGUGACUGGCUAGAAUGAAUGUCCUUGAAGGUUUUAAUUUUAAUUAUUUAUUCAGACAAAUAUUUUUAACACAGCAUUCCCAGGUCACAGAGUAACAUUCCCAGGUCCCAGGUCACAGAGCAGGGGGUCUAAUAGCCUUCAUUCUUGAAUCCUGUACAACAUGUGACUGUUCCACUUAGAGUUGUUGGGUAGCUGAACACUGUACUUUAAAUUCAGAACGAGAGAUCUAAAUCGUCCUUUCACCCAGUCGGCCCUGGAAACAGAACUCAGCACAGAUGUAAUGGCACGAUCCACUCACUGGGUGGCAGCAGCGAUGUGAUAAGACCCUCAAAGCUGAUUGUGCAGAGCGUGUCCCAUAUGGAUAAGAUUUAACAUUUGCUUGUUUAUAUUACAGUAUAUUUUCCAUGUCUACUCUGUAUUUGCACCGAAGCCAAAUAUGCCUGAAAUAUUUCUGUAACAUUUAUCACAAAAGGCUUCACACUUCUUGCACUCAGUAAAUGAUUUAAAAAUUGUAAAAAUGACUUUUGUGGAAUUCAUUCUUUAUUCUUGUUGGCUCCUUAUCUGGUUCGCCAGCAUGUUGCUUGCCCCAAAGCCAUGAUGAUGUUUCCUCCAGACAAUUAGUCGUCACUCCUAACAUCUGAGUUACUGUUAAGAACUUUAGCCAAAUAUUUAGCAAUUUUAGUCAAAAUGAGACUACCAGAGCCCAGACU